AGUGUCAAAUUUCGAGAUGCAAAAAUCCCACGGAGUUGUGAUUGUUUCUGUUUUCGCUUUGUUAUUGAAAAAAAAGUGACUGCGACAGCUUUUCGCAAAAUGAAAAACUUUCCAGUGUUUGUAUUUCCUGUUUCAUUAGAAUUUUAUUUAAACGCUAGGCAUACACACAAGCAACUACUUACUGUGUAUAACCCAUACGAUUUUUCUGUGAAUUUCAAAGUACUAUGUACUUCACCAAACAAAUUUACUGUUAUCGAUCCAGAAGGAGUGAUUGCUCCUCAAAGUUGUAUCGAUAUAGUUGUGCGAUAUACGCAGCCUUCAGUUUCGCAUUGCAAUACAAUAGAGAAGUUUAGGAUAACAAUGUAUGACAAAAACACGCAACAGGCACUGGGUAAACGAGAUAUUCCUACAAAAUUGAUAGACGGUGAACCAUUAAGUAUUAAUCAAGAAAGCCUUGGAGACAAUUUUCAUCCAUUAACUACUAGGCCAGCCCCAAUUAGGCCAUCAGAAGAGCAUUCAAAAGGGACAUGCAAUCAUCCAUCCCAUAGAGAACAUCAACCAAUAAACAUAGUAGCGGUUGCAGUUAGUAUAUGUUGCAUAGCAGCUUUGCUUCUGCCCACUCAACCUGAACAAGUAGUAAAAUCACAGUGGCCUGAAUGGCUUCACAUUGGGUCAAACCUCAAAUUAGUAUUCUCCUUUGUACUUGGAUUGGUCAGUAUGCUGGUGUUACGGCCUUAGGUAUUCUUCAAAUAAGCAUUGGUGUACGGGUAGGUGGUUGAAAUGACAAAGAGGACUCUGUUUAAAAAGUUUAUUAACAAAGCAUACAUGACAUGUAAAUAACUAUGCUUAUAUGAUGUUUCAUAAUAAGUAAUGUGUAAAAAUAUUAUACAUUGAUGUUCAAUUUAAUUGUUAAUUUAAACAUAAUAUAGAGGCAACAUAAAUUAUUUUUUGUAUAUUUUUUUAUUAAUGUGGGUUAAAUAUUAAUUUUCCUCAUAUUGAUUUGGUGUGAUGGUAAUAUUUGAAUGGUGCUUUGACAUUGAAUUUCGUGGUGUGAUAUUUUUUUAUAAAUUCCUAGUUAUAAGUUAAAUUUUAUGUGCAGUGUUUCAUUUGUUUAGAUUUUGAUAUUAUUGCUGCUAUGCUGUAAUGUGUAUGACAAUUACAUGUGAAAGUUAUGUGGAUUUCACAAAAAUAAAGAUGUAAACAACAUAAAAAUACUUAGUAUCACAAUCCAUGUUAAUAAUUUCUACUUAUUAAUAAGUAAAAUUUUAAGUUAUGAAAACAUUUCAACAUUUCAGCAUUUUCCUUUGUUCCUUGGGACCAUUUUAUAAAUAAAUGAACCAAAUAUAUGAUAAACACUA